AUGAGGACAGCACAGAGUUUGGCCACACUUGCAGUCCUGCUAGGACAGUUGCAUCUGCUGCAAGGCAGCCUCCUCAAAAGCCCUGUGAAUGACGUCUCAAAGAGCGACCGUGUGAAGAUCGAGAGACCCCUGGGAUUCCCAUGCAGCCCCGGGACCCCCUCCCUGUCCAGCCCAGCUUCUGUUCACAGCCUGAGACCCGUUGACAUCGCUGUAGUGGCUGGCAUUAGGGACUGGGAGCCUCAGGUCACCUUCCCUGGAAAUGUCCCCACUGAAAACUCUCUCCCUCAGCAAGCCCAGCAGCUCACUGACCUUUUGAGAAACAGCACGGAGAUUGACUUUGAGAGAGACUGGAAGUUCAUCACAGUGUUUGUCGACCUGGAAGAGCUGUGCAACUUCUGUGACAGCGAGGAAAAGCCCUCCCUGGAGAAGGCAGUGAAGAGAGUGGAAGGAGCUCUGGAGAUUCUGCACAGGCAGGUCCCCAGAGCGUUGGUGAGUGUGGUUCUGCCGAGCACUCUGUCCGUCUCUGAGAGGAGGAUGAGCGUUGGAGAUAGUAGGGGGUGCGGAGUCUGUGCAUCUGAGCUGCUGGGGGAAGCUGGGAGACUGAAUGAAGCAGUCCUCACAUGGGCAUUGCAGGAAGCUCUACAGCAACAACUGGUGGACAGUGGGAGUUACAGCAACAGAGAGGAUUUCACAGUGGUCCUCCAUCCUACUCCAGAUGUGUCGCCACAGAUUGGCAGUGUCUCUGACUCUACUACGCUGGACAGGAUGUCCCGAGCUAGCAGGACCACCCUGGAGCUGUGGGGCAGCAUGCUCCAGCCAAUGAGGGGACAGCCUGACACAGAGGACAGUGAUGACAUCAUCCGCAUCCCAUGCCCUACUGAGGAUCGCCCAUUCCUGAGGACUCAUAGGAACACCAAGAGGGAUUCGCAAGGGUUUACACUACAGGAAAUUUCCACAGCGCCCUCUACAGCAACAAAGGAGACUGGGAGCCAGCUGUCAUGUUCUGACCGACAACCAUCCACUUCUAUCCCCACAUCCGUUCACUCCCUCAGGCCUGCAGAUGUCAAAGUCAUAGGAGCUGUUGGCGACUCCCUCACAGCUGGAAACGGGAUUGGCUCCAGUCCUAACAAUGUGCUGGACGUGAUAACCCAGUACAGGGGUCUGUGUUUCAGUGUCGGAGGAGAUGAGUCCUUGAAUACAGUCACCACACUGCCCAAUAUCCUGCGAGAGUUCAACACCAGUCUGGAGGGAUUUUCUCUCAGGACCGGAAAGGUUGACUCCUCCAAUGCCUUCCUGAACCAGGCUGUCCCCGGGGCCACCAGUGUAGACAUAGCAGGGCAGAUCAGGAAACUCAUCGACAUCAUGAAGACAGACGAGAGGAUAGAUUUCCAGAACGACUGGAAGGUGGUGACACUCUUUAUUGGCGGAAAUGACCUGUGUCAUUCCUGUGAAGAUGAGGUCCUCUAUUCUGCUUCAAACUUUCAAUCCAGAAUCCAGUCCGCGCUAGACAUUCUCCACAAGGAGGUGCCCCGUGUGUUUGUGAAUCUGGUUGAAACUUUCCACAUCAUUCCCCUGAGGAAGCUACACCAGGACACCAGUCUGAAAUGCCCCACCUUUCUAGCGAACAUGAUCUGUGGCUGUGUGACGAAACCCCAUGAUAACUCCAUGGAACUCAAGACAUUGUCUGAUCUCAACAGGGCCUAUCAGCUCGUGACCCGCGAGCUGGUGGACUCAGGCCGCUACGACACACAGGACAACUUCACCGUGGUGCUGCAGCCCUUCUUCAGAGAAAUGCAGAUCCCCCUACUGCCGGACGGGAGGGCAGAUCGCUCGUACUUUGCUCCUGAUUGUUUCCACCUCAGUCAGAAGUCUCAGUCUCAGAUCGCCCGCACACUCUGGAACAACAUGCUGCAGCCGGUCGGAAAUAAGUCUACUUCCCAGAACUUGGCUGUUCCCGUCAACCUGAGCUGCCCGACACAGGAGGAACCUUUUUUAAGAACCUACAAGAACAGCAAGUACUCGUACCCAGGACCACUCCCCACACAGGCGCCAAUCAAGAACUUUGGCAGUGACCUCUCCUGUACUGACAGAGCACCGUCCGAAAAUAUCCCCACUUCAGUUCACAAACUGCGUCCAGCGGAUGUGAAAGUUGUUGCAGCUCUGGGAGAUUCGAUCACAGCCGGUUUUGGUGCUCGAGCGACUAGUCUGAUCAACCUUGCAACAGAGUGGAGAGGGCUGUCUUGGAGUAUUGGUGGUAACAACAAUCUGGACACAGUGACCACUCUGCCCAACAUCCUGAAGCACUUCAACCCAUCUCUCAUUGGCUUCUCUACGGGCGUAGGGAAAAUAAACAGCGGCUUCAACAUGGCCGUCUCAGGCGCCAAGGCAGUUGACAUCCCGGAGCAGGCCAACAGGCUGGUCCAGGCUCUCAGGGACAGCCAGAACGUGGAUUUCCAGAACGACUGGAAGCUGGUGACUCUCUUCAUCGGAGGAAACGAUCUGUGCAGCUACUGCAAUGACCGGGAAAUGUAUUCAGUGGAAAACUACAUAAGGUACAUACAGGACAGCCUGGACAUCCUCUACAGGGAGGUGCCGCGUGUCUUUGUGAAUCUGGUGGAGAUUCUGCAGAUCGAGGGGCUGCGGCACGUUAAGAGCGACACGCUGGGCUGCACCCUGCUGCAAACGAACUUGUGCUCCUGUGCCCUGAUCCCUGGGGAGACUUCUCGGGAGCUGAGUGAGUUCAAGAGAAUCAACCGGGAGUACCAGGAGGAGACGGAGAGGCUGGUGAACAGCGGGCGUUACGAUGGCAGAGAGGACUUCACUGUGGUGUUGCAGCCCUUCUUCAGGAACUCCAUAAUCCCCCUGGCAACUGAUGGAAAGCCAGACCUUGAUUUCUUCUCUGUGGACUGUUUCCACUUCAAAGAAAGGGGCCAUGCUGAGAUGAGCAUCGAACUGUGGCACAACAUGCUGGAGCCAGUGGGACAGAAGCACACCUUCAAUAACUUCAUUCAUAACCGCAGCAAGCUCAAGUGCCCCAGCCAGGAGAGACCCUAUUUCUUCACACGGAUGAACAGCUUCCCGGAUGCAAACCCCACUGCUGUGUCCCCGCUCCCCCCGAGCGCCGGGACAGCCUGCUCUGUGGACACGGUGCCACAGUGGGUUGCCAUUGUGAUGGCAGGGGCGGGGCUGUUGGCUGGCGCUGUGCUAGCUGGGAUCUUUGUGAGCUGGAGGGUGAGAACCAGCUUGAAGCAGAAAGAGAAAGCACUGGAAAUGAAACAGAACGCCUUCUGAAUCCCCCUCAAUUUACCCCCCUUCCGAACAGUCUUUUAACACCCUAACACUUCCAAACAUGAUCUCAGACCUUUUGAUGGCAUCAGAGAUUGUGAUUGUAUUCAUAAAAAGAGAUGUGUUUCUGCUGUGUUAUUCAAGGUCAUAGUGAUAAUAGAUAUGGAGAUUUUACAUUGUUUAUUAGAUCAACUAUGAUAUAAAAUCACAAGCCAGUGCCAUAGUUGCAAAGCCUUUACUCAGGUCUUUAACGCCUGCUUUGAAAGGAUAAAAUUCCAAUGAAAAUGAUUAAGUAAACAGCUUAAAUAGCUAUAAUGUGUAUCAUAGGCCAUGAAGAAUCAUUUUUUCCUUUCAGCACCUUUGUCAGUUGUUUCCGUUGUAAAUCUUAUACUGCAGCACCUAGCCCAUCAAAGCAGUAAUCCCCUCUGCAGCUUGGACAAGUGCUAGACAACUGUUAGACCAACGACACAUACAAACUUAUUGAUCGCAAUCCAGUGCAAAAAAAGGAGAACCUAUUUUCUUACAGUUUUACCUCAGAAUUCUGACAGUGUGUUGGAUCCCACUCCCAUUCCAUUAUAGACACACAAGAACACUUCACGGUAUCUUGCCUUGUGUGUGUGUGUGUGUGUGUGUGUGUGUGUGUGUUUCAUCUGUGCUAUUAAACUGCUUUGUCUUAGUGACAUAAAUCCUGUUUUUUCUUUCUUUUUUUAUCUUAAAAUAUACAAAUAAGUCUGUUUUUAAAAUGUGAAGCUGUUGUGUUUUAACAAGAACAUGGUUUCUGUCUAUCAGUGAAAUCCAGUUCUGUGCAGCAGCCUCAGUCAGCAACUAAAUGACUGGAGCGUUCCAGUUAGUGCUCGCCACACAGCCUGUUAAGACAGGAUCUUCCCUGUUUCUAUACAAUACAGUCACGCUUUAAGGAGAGAUGUUAACGACUAGCUUACAAAGCGCUUUUAAAAAAAAAAAGUAGUACUCAAAAAAGAAGAGAAUUAUAGUUCAGCAGAAUGCCAUUAGCUAUCCUGUUCCUUUUUGGGGCACUUGUGAAUCUUUACUGACUCGUCUUUCAUUUUGUAAAGCACUUUGAGGAGCGUCGUAGACUAGCGGACCACCACACAACUAUUAACCCUGCGUUCGCUGGAGUCGUAAAGCUCUUCUGCAGGACUGUUCACAUGAAGUGUGUUCUUGGAAGAGGGUUUCCCUGUUUGUGACUAGUUUGUGUGUUUUGUGUUUGAAAGCCA